UAUAUCAGGCUUUUUGUUUUUGCAGAUCCUGUCCUAACUCAUUAGAGUUCAUUCUAACUUGAAAAGUAAAUAGAGAAUUUUCAUUUUGGGAGUAUAGUUAAGAUUUGGAAGAUCUUUCACACUGAAAAUAGCUAAGAAUGCUGUAGUGCAAUUUUUAAAAAAGGUACUUACGAAUUAAUAUGCCAAAAUCAAAGAGAAAGCUGAAAAUCAGAGACUAAAGGAGCCCUUAAUUCUUAUUUGCUCUGAGUGCAUUUGCUAAACUGGGGAGACUUGAUUAGAUUUGAUUAAGAAUUUGGUGGAUUUGCAGGACAGGAGGCGUAGUUAGAAGUCAGCCUAGGGCUCGUUCAAGGUAAGCUAACAGGAGACUCUCUGCCUCUAGUUCUGGAAAUCCCAAAGGUCUGUGGCCUCAAGGACUAAAACUCACUCUACCUCUUUUAGGGAACCACAAGGACAGUUGCCUUGACGCCAAGUAAAACAGGAGAAGAAAACGUGUCCUUGGAAAGUUGUAACCAUGGACGGUGGUAGAGAGGUGGUUCACAUCACCUUGGUGGUCCUCCCAAAAUUCCAAGAUAUUGAUACUAAAAUUGGAAGUUUGUAUCAAUUGCUGACUGUUAGAAAUCGUAUGUAAUGGCAACAGAAUUUCUAAAGAGCUGCUGUAGAGGAUGUUUCUAUGGUGAAAUAGAAAAGCACAAUUUUUCCACAGAAAGAGACUUUAAAGCAGCAGUCUCAGAAUGUCAGAAUACCACUGUCUGUGUACCUCCAUUGACUUCUGUCUCCGUAAAGCCUCAGGUUGGCUGUACUGAGGAUUAUUUACUUUCCAAAUUACCGUCUGAUGGCAAAGAGGUACCAUUUGUGGUGCCCAAGUUUAAGUUAUCUUAUAUUCAGCCCAGGGUACAAGGAACUCCUUCACAUCUGGAAGAACUGGAAGGAUCUGCCAGAGCAUCUUUUGGAGAUCGAAAGGUAGAACUUUCCAGUUCAUCCCAGCACGGAGCCAGCUACGAUGUAUACAACCCAUGCUAUAGGUAUCAGCACAUUUCACCUGAUUUGAUCCGGCGCCUUCCUCCACGUUCAGAAGCAGCGAGACUAUAUGGAUCAGUUUGUGAUUUGAGGACCAGCAAACUUCCCAGUUCCCCUGGGCUAAGCAAGUCUAUGUUUGAUCUUACAAGUUCAUCCCAGCGGUUCAUCCAGAGACAUGAUUCCCUGUCCAGUGUGCCUAGCAGCUCUUCUUCCAGGAAGAACUCCCAGGGGAGUAACAGAAGCCUGGAUACAAUUACUCUGUCAGGAGAUGAAAGAGAUUUUGGGAGAUUGAAUGUGAAAGUGUUUUAUAAUUCUUCAGUAGAGCAGAUCUGGAUCACAGUUUUACAGUGCAAAGAUUUAAGUUGGCCUUCUAGUUGUGGAGACACUCCUACUAUUUCUAUAAAAGGAAUACUAACAUUGCCCAAACCAGUGCAUUUCAAAUCUUCAGCAAAGGAAGGCUCUAAUAGUAUUGAAUUUAUGGAAACUUUUGUAUUUGCUAUUAAACUCCAAAGUCUACAAACCGUAAGGCUUGUAUUUAAGAUUCAAACCCAGACACCCAGGAAGAAAACCAUUGGAGAAUGCUCACUGUCACUCAGAGCUCUUAGCACACAGGAGAUGGAUUACUCUUUGGAUAUAACGCCACCUUCAAAAAUUUCUGUUUGCCAUGCAGAACUUGAAUUGGGGACUUGUUUUCAAGCAGUAAAUAGCAGAAUUCAGUUACAGAUUCUCGAGGCACAGUACCUUCCAAGCUGUUCAUCACCUCUCACUUUGAGUUUUUUUGUGAAGGUGGCAAUGUUUAGUUCAGGAGAGUUGAUUUAUAAGAAGAAGACACGCUUACUGAAGGCCUCCAGUGGCAGAGUAAAGUGGGGAGAAACUAUGAUUUUUCCACUCAGACAGAAUGAAAAAGAAAUUAUUUUUCUCAUUAAGCUUUACAGUCGGAGCUCUGUAAGAAGACGACACUUUGUGGGGCAGAUUUGGAUAAGCGAAGACAGUAAUAACACUGAAGCAGUGAAUCAGUGGAAAGAAACCAUUACAAAUCCAGAAAAGGUUGUUAUCAAGUGGCACAGAUUAAAUCCAUCUUGAAGACUUCACACAUUAAUUUGAUGAAGAAUUUGACAUUCUUUUAGAAGACUUAGGAUUUCAAUUUGCUACCAAUGAAAAGAGACAAAUCAAUACAUUUGUCAAUUUAUUUAUGGAGGUCAUAAUUGUAAUGUGUAAUGGAUCUUAUAGAAAAUUAAAUUUGAUUAAAGAAAAUGGGAUGACUUAUAUCUGAUAUCCAAAAUAGAGGGGAUGUUUUAAAACUAUGCCAAAAUAGACAGUGAAAUAAAGAGUAGUAUUUCUGGGGCAACUAAAUAAAUUAUAAAAUCAAUGAGAAUUUCAACCAUAGGUGGUGAUUGCUAUCUUACAUUUACGGGUUUUUUGAAAGCUUUCCCUAGAUAUUUAAAAUCUAAUAUAUCAAGUCUCUGUUAGUACUGUUAGACAUGUAGAAGACUUUACUACUGACUGUUUCAGUGCCAGUCAUUCUUGAUUAGAUCUUGACUCCACUGCUUACCUCUUGCUACCUCUCUUCUCUGAGAAAACAAAUAUGAAUCAUCGAACCACUUCAGCUCUUAGGUAUUCGGGGAAGAGUUGUGCCCUAGGUUUCUUACUUCUUACCCAUAAGGCGUCACAUUGCCACUGUAUAAAUUAUUUAUCUCCGAGAAACUUCAAAUAUAGAACGCUAUGUUUUGGCAAGAAUAAACGAAAACACCAGAAGGUUGAAGUUUAAUUGGAAACCUUGUGUGUACACAUUUUGCUGUGUUUUCCUCCCUCAAAUAUUUUGCCUUUUGUUUUAAUUGGAGUUGGAAUAAGAUUAUCCUCCAUAUAGCUCCUCCUAAUUAGCAGAACUAAAUGAGCUUAAUUAGCAAGUUCAAUAUUUUAUGAUAAUUAUUUCCCUUUUGUUAGUGUUUAUAUAUAUCUCUAUAGAUAUAGAGAUAUAGAUAUAUAUAUAUGAACUACUCGUUCUAUAAUCCACAGUGCUAUUUUCCCAUGUUUUUUAAGAAACUGUACGUGAUAGCAUUAUAUAGCACAUAUUUUCUAUUGCAGUUUCUCUCAGGAACUCACUAGAAGUCAGUAUGUGGGCCUAAUUUCAGGUUAGUCAGCUAUGCAAACUAUGCCCCAAAAGAAUAGCUGCUUGGAGAAACAGAUAAUGCCUUCCUUGAUCUUGGCAAGUCUGACUUUAGUUUUGCUAAUGAGUAGACCAACUGCUCUGUGGUCAUGGUCUUCCAUUUUUUUCUCUCUCUUACCUUGUCCACACAUGCCAGGAGGCAGAUGGUGAUAUUUUAGACCAGAAGAUACUUUGGUAUAGCUUUAGAAUACCGUCUUCAUUCUAGUUCUUAUGUUCUGUAUGUCUCAUUAAGAUUUUCUCAAGUAAACCCUUAAUUCCUUUUUUCCUAGGUAUCAUCUCCACAAGCUACAAAAUAUGCCUAAUUUACACGUUCUUUGCUUCUAUUCCCUAGAGUUUAUCUUAUACUGGUGGUGUUGACAGUGUGCAUUUGGAAAUAAUUUUCUGAGAUUUGUGAACAAUGAAAUAUUGGUCAGUACUCAUGUGAACUUUCAAGAGAAAUCACCUUGACUGUAGUGUUUUACAUCUUUGAGACAAAUGACUUUAUUUUUUUAGAGCAGUUUUAGGUUCACUGCAAAAUUGACAGGAAGGUACAGAGAGUUCCCAGGUACCCCUGACCCCCACAUACACACACCUUGCUCAUCAUCAACAUAGCCCACCAGAAUGAUACAUUUGCUAAAAUCAGUGAACCUACAUUGGCAUAGUGUUAUCACCCAAAUUUAGGGUUCGCUCCUGGUAUUGUCCAUUCUGUGAGUUUUGACAAGUGCAGAAGGUCGUAUAGUCACCACUGUAGUAUCAUACAGAGUAGCCUCACUGCCUUAAAAAUCCUCUGCAAAUACACCUAUUUUAAUAGCCACCAAAUAGGUAUUUUGGCUUUUGGACAAUAAAUAACAGACUUUAUUGGUUUUUUUUUUUUAAUCUAGAAUUUAAUUUGAGCAGUUUUUUGUGUUCUAUUAAUGCUUCCAAUUCCUAAAUUUAUUAUAUGUAGUCAUGUAUUUAACUCAAUUUAAAUUAUUUAAUGUUUAAUGUUUUUGCAAUACGUAUACAAUGUAUAAUUUCAGAGAAAGUGUGAUUUUUGGUUUCUUGCAUGUCUUAGAAUCAUAGGUAAAUAAAAAAAAUUAAAAAAAAAUCUUUUCACUUAAAAGACCUUUCAGUUAGAGUAGUAUUGACACAACUAAGUUCCCAAAUAUUUUAAUUAGUUUUAGUUAAGCCUUUUUCUGGUGCGAGAGGUACCGAAUAUAGAUGAUAUUCUGGUUGUCUUUGAAGCUUUACAUGAAAUAUGAAAAGAAACACACUUUUUUGUUAAUAGCUACUCAAAUUAUGAGAAAAAACAUUAGCUGGUAAUAAAAACAUGAGAUAGUAAGCAAAAAUCACUUGUCUUUGUUUUUACUCGGGUAUUUCUUGACCUUUACCCACUUAUCACAAGGACAAGGGAAUCAAAAUGGUGCUAGAUGACCAGAGAAAGCCAUGGAAGGGUUCACACUGAUAGCUGAUAGUUUAUACAAUGCUAAUCCCUAACUCUGUGCUUAUUUAUGUAUAAGCUUUCAGAUUGAUACAAUUAGGUAGCUACAGCCCAUGUCAAAAUACAACAUUCAGCUUUCAUUUGGUUUUGCAUGACUUUUUCUUUUAGCAGACCUCCUAGGGAAAUUAUCACUGAAGUAUAUCAGUUCCAGCAUUUACCAGACCGUUAAGAAGAAACCAAUGGCAUUUUGAACAUAUGUAAUUGUGAGCUGAAAAUAAGCUAAAGUGAACUUCUGCUUAAAUAUAGUUAUGUGAAUUUCUGAUACUAUUGUACUGAAACCAUAUUUCCCAAAAUUUCCCCCCAAAUUGUUACUGUUUGUUUAAUAAAAUAAUUGUUUAUUUUUGAAGGA